AAGCCCUCGACACGUCCGUAUCCACAUUCCAUACGACAAAAUGGCCACCACUAUUUCGCACGAUCUUGCCUGGGAGGUUACCAAGGGACGCAGCUCUACGCUCGUCAAGAGGGCGAAUGGCGUCCAGUUCUCGCGCGAUCCUCUUAACCUGAGGAACGUGUACAGCCGCAAGAACGAGGGCUCCAUCGCCAACAAGGCUAUCGGUGUCAUUCCAGGAAAGGAGGGUGGUGUCACACUUCUGAUCAAGAAGGCCAACAAGCACCACCAGCCCGCGUCCUCCAUCCAGACCACCACCUUCGGCCCCGCCAAGUCUACCCGCAAGACCUACUCCGCAAUCGUCAACUCCACCACCAAGCGCAACUACCGCCCCGACCUCCGCAAAGAUGCCGUCGCCAAGGCUUCUGCCAUCCGCAAGAGCCAGAGACCCGUCAAGGCCGACAAGCCAUCAAAGGUCCGGGGUGUCAAGGCAAAGGCCGCCGCUGAGAAGGCAUAGAGAAUCAACGUGUAAAGGAUGUGGUGCAUGCACAAAUGGACGGAGUUAACUUCAUUCGGUUCAUCAUCUUCUGGGAUUCGGAGCUCAUGAAAUGAAUAUGAGCAUGGGUUGCAUGAACGAACACCGCUAGGGUCUUCAUAGCGAAUAGACUCGGCGAGAAAUGAAAUUUGCUUCGAAAUUCCAAA